UGUCUCUGUGUGUUAAAAUAUUUGCAAGAAUGUAUUGCAAACUAUCAAAAGUAGUUGGGAAAUGGAAUCUCCAAUGGUUUUUAAAAUAAUUUUUUAUGUUAGAAAAUGUUUACUAUGGAUAACUUUUUGUUUAAGUCAUGAAAACAUAUUUAAAACAAGUAUGUUGCAUACUAUUAAGAUAGUCUAUCAUUAACCCAGGGAUCCUUCUGCAGAUUGAAGAAACUUCAAGACAAUGGCUGGAGGAAGGAACAGUACAAUAGUCAUCAGAUUCAUCCUUUUGGGAUUCUCAGAUUAUCCCAAGAUCAAUAUCGCUCUCUUUGUAGUAUUCUUGGGUUCUUACCUCUUGACAGUGGCUUGGAACCUGGGCCUCAUCAUCCUGAUUAGGAUGGACUCUCACCUACAUACACCCAUGUACUUCUUCCUCAGUAACUUAUCUUUCUUGGAUUUCUGCUAUGUUACCUCCACAACCCCGAAAAUGCUCUCAGACUUCUUCCAGAAGCCUAAAUCCAUCUCCUUUCUGGGAUGCACCAUGCAGAACUUCUUCUUCUCUAGCCUGGGUCUGACUGAGUGCUGUCUCCUGGCCGCCAUGGCUUAUGACCGAUAUGCUGCCAUUUGUAAUCCUCUACUCUACACCGCCAUCAUGUCACCCACCCUCUGUGUACAGAUGAUGGUUGGAGCCUGUAUAACUGCUGUCUUUGGUUCAUUGAUCCAAUUGUGUGCUUUACUUCAGCUCAAUUUUUGUGGGCCCAAUGUUAUCAACCACUUCUUCUGUGACCUGCCUCAAUUAUUAGUCCUAUCCUGCUCUGAAACCUCUUUCCUAAAAGUCAUGAAGUUUGUGAUAGCAGUGAUUUUUGGUGUAAUAUCUGUCUCAGUCAUCAUGAUAUCUUAUGGUUAUAUCAUUGCUACCAUCCUGAAGACAAGCUCUGCUGAAGGCAGGUCCAAGGCCUUCAAUACCUGUACUUCUCACCUGACAGCAGUGAUCUGUUUUUUUGGAUCAGGACUCUUUGUCUAUAUGCACCCCAGCACUGAUGAUUCUCUGGACCAUGACAAGAUGGCAUCAGUCUUCUAUACAGUGGUGAUCCCCAUGUUGAAUCCUUUGAUUUACAGUCUGAGGAACAAGGAAAUCAAAGACGCCUUUAAGAGGUGUAAGAAGAGAGCUUUUUCCCAUUGUCAUAGUUAAAGGUCUGGCAGGCUAGUGGUCCUGGUGACUGGAAGUUUCUAGACUAUGCAGAGAAAUGCAUUUAACUUUAUUCAAUCCUACUGAUGCUCUGGCAGGAUUGCAAGUGAGUCAACCCAUCUAAAUCCAGGA